GGAUUACAUGGAACGUUCCAGGUCAUUCUCCGCGGUCUGUCAGUGGGAACUCUCUCUAUAUAAACACUUGUAGCGGUUGUCAGUUGCAUCAGAAAAGCUCAUCGUUUAUCAGAGUAACAUAUCUGUCUAUCCCACUGUAGAUUUCAACCUGUGUUGACUGUCAGUAAAAAUGCUGCGACAAGUUUUUCCCCGGGUUUGUCGGCAACUGCGCAAUAACAACAUUGCCUGUGUACGCGGAUACAGAAGAGAUCUUCCUAUUCGAUUUCCAUGGUCCCGAUCACAUUCACCCAGGGAUGCGUUCUUCUCGGAUAUGCGUCCUUUUUUCCGAUCCGGCAUUGAGGACCACUUUCGUGACAUGAGCAAGACGAUGGAGGAGAUGAAGAGACGCAUGGCAUCCCCAUGUUCUACAAGCGCUCCACACCCGGGGAGACAUUCACCAGGACCGAGACGGCAGAGGUGAAGUACAACAGGAACACGUUCGAGGUGAAGGUCGACGUCCAGCAGUACGACGUGGAGCACCUGAAGGUCAGCCAGGUGGAGAACAGACUGGUCAUCUCGGGCAAACACGAGACCAGGGCAGAUGGCCACGGCUUUGUCAGCAGGGAGUUUACGCGGGAGUUCCUCCUACCCGAGAACGUUGAUGCAGAAAAUAUGACGUCAAAACUGACAGAAGACGGUUUCCUGGUGAUUGAGGCCAAGAUGAAAGGGGCAGAGGAGAGUACAGAGAGAGUGAUAGAAAUACAGAAGGAAGGGACGAAUAAGGAAGGUGGAAAGACAGACUGAAAAAAUAUACUUGAAAGUGACAAUUGUGAUAGAUGCAUGUAAAAUGAUGAAAGCAAGAUGUAUGGGUGUGCAUGGUAUGAUCUGACGAAACUUAUGAAUUUAUGUGGCUCUUCGGAAUAGUGUAAACAAUUAAAAAUAUGGUUUUAAUUUAAUUAAUGCAAAUGAAAAUAUUUAGUUCAACCUGAAGUAAAUUUGUAGACCUAUAUGAAAUGUAUAAAAUAUGUAUUAAUAUCUUUGUCAGGUUUCCAAAGUCUGUGAUUCCGAAACUGAAGAAUAAAAUACUUGUAUCCUAA